UAAUGAUACAUUUUAAUAAGAGCCAAAUAUAUUUGCGAGCCGUCAGUGAAUCAGAAUAGGAAUCAGUUUGUAAGAGACUAUUAGUUCAUUUAAUAUAAUUGAAACAGAUUUUAUUAGGUUUGUUGCCAUUUUUCUCAUUUUCAUUUUUCCAUUUAAGAAAAAAUUUAUCACCUGGUCUGUGGGGAAGCAUACAUAUUUCACUUUGUUUUAUGUAGGUCAGGAAUGCAAAUCGGAUGCAAAUUCUUAUAGUCUGGAGUUGGAUUAUAAGGAAUCCAGUACUUAUACGUAGAUUUGAUUGACAUGUUUGUGUAUUUUUUGUUCACAGCAAUGAGGCUGAUCAGGAUGAAAAUGAGAAAGCGCAGGAUGUCACUGAUGAUAACAUUGGUAGCUUAGAAGUUCUCGGAAGUUCCAUGCAAGUUACAGAAGUUGCAAUGGAGGCUGGAGGUGGAGAAGAAAGUCUUUCAAGUACAAUCAACACAAAUAGAAUACCUCUUCAUAACAUGGAGGAUACUUCUGAACCAACAAAAAAUAAUCAAUGUUACUCAUGAAGAAAGUCUGCCAUGGGAGGCCCAACAGGAGAUGGUAUCGGUAUGUCAAAAUGUGACGACUUCAGCGAACGUAGGAGUAGUAACUCAAGCUUAACCUCAGUGACCUCUAGGGGUUCAAUCAUGUCCCCUCCAGAGUUUAAUGGAGGCCCUGGAGGAAAUUCACAAGCAAAUUUUUCAACCAAAAUGUCUACCCUGAAAGGGAGACUCAGUGGUGCAUUCAGUUACUGGACGGGGAGAGAGAAGUCUCCAACGCAAGAAAAACCAUCCUCAACAGCAACGCCAAAUCCAUCCCCAAGUGAGCCUGGAGAUGAUGUUCCUGUCUCUCCAACAACAGGAAAUUCUUUGAGUGAGGACCCUCUCCAGUCAUUGCCUGACACACCUCAAAUUCCACUUCAGUCACUACCAGAAAAAUUUGCAGCUCUCAUGCCAUCGGACUGUGGUUUACCUUUAGAAAUUUUCACAAAGGGAAACUUGGUCCAUCCUUAUCUCUCUCUCCAGUACUUAGAUGUCUUGAGUGCACCAACUUCUCGAGCAUUUUUAGUGGGAGCAUCUAAUGCUCUUUUUGUGCACAAGAAACAUCUGUAUGAUGUUCUUGUCCAGUUGGAGGAAGGAAAAAUAGAGAUUCCAGAUCCAGAUCUGAAACGUCAGCUUAGCUUAUCAACAGAAGAUCUUCGGUUUGCAGAAAAUAUUGUGAGACAGGUUGAAGCUGUAAGUGCAACAUUAAAUAAUAAAUCUCAAAAUGGGUCUUCGCCAAAUAAUAGUCAUCCAGACGUCUUCCUCGAGGGAGUUGGUUGGGUUGGGGGUGAAGAAUGGCUUCGGUAUCAAUUUAAGGUUUAUCUUCUCUCCCUUCUUAGAUCAUCAGUUUAUCCAGAUGCAACUCGUGAAUGUGAAGUUUUCAAUGGAAGCUUCAUGACAGCAUGGAAGGAAACGCAUAAUUAUCGUAUGUGGAAAGCAUCAGGCCCUUAUCCAUCUCUGAUGGACUUGAUGCCAGCUCAUCCUCAUGCUGGUAAUCUCUCCAUGACAGACAUGAGAAUACGUUUAUCGCACACUAUUCAAGGUUUGGAUAAGGGACGACGAAUCAAUCAAACAUUAGUAACAACAGGCACGGCAGUUGUGAAGACCAAAGAGGCUGUAGGAGGAGCACUAACUUCAGCACGGGGAGCUAUAACAAAUCUGUGGUCUUCUUUUACAACAACGAGCAAUACAUCAUUAUCGACAGAAGCGAGUGGUUUUGAUCAGGCUGUUGAAGCAAUAGAAGCACAGUGUAACUCGGAACAAACAAUGCAGGAGGCACAAUAUGGUGAAGAAGUAACUGAAAUAGCGGGUGAAAGGGAGGGUGAACAAGAGAGCAGUCAUCCAGCUGAUAUUGAAAGUACUGCAUAGAUGAUGACAGAAAGGCUGCAUGCACUCCGUGGUAUGAGGUUUUAUGGUCUUUAGCAGGUCAUAUGUUAACCCAUGAUUUUUGUAAGAGGUGCAUUCAUUGUCAGUUUUAUACAACUGUUUUCUUGUUGACAAGUGUCCUUUUAAUUUACUUCUCUUUCUUUAUCUCAAGAUAUAUGUUAUUACGGUACUUAUAUACUACUGCCUUGAUUCUUUUUUUUCUUUCCACUUUGAGAACUAAUAUUUACCUUUAAAAAUGCUAAUAAUCAAAUUACAUGAAAAAACCACUCAGAGAAAUAUGCUACCUUAAAAUGUAUAGUAGUAUGUCUUGUUUAUAUUUUCACUACAGUAUUUUCAGUUAUUUGUUGAUUUAUUUGUAGAAACAGAAAAUUUUCCGGUUUUAGAACUUCAAAUUCUAUAUGGUAUGUAUACUGCUCAACAAAUCCUGAUUCAAUAUCAGAUUUAUUCUGUUUUGUAGGCAAGUACUGUAUACAGUAACCAUACUGUAAAGCAUAGGAGUUUAUCUCUUCUUUUUCUAAGGUAACGUAGACUUGAAAAUAUAAUUUAAUUUUCAUUUCAUGGCAGUUACACAGCAAAGUAAACAGGUGCAGUUAGCUUUUCAUGGAAGCUUGCAAAGUCAUGUAACUAUUGCAAUGGCUAUGCACACCACUACCAGUUAUUGUAUUACUAGCUAAAUAUAUUUAGUUCUGUAGUGAAAUGCAGCAUAAUGUCUAUCAGUACUUACUUUUAGGAUUGGAUUAUUAAGGAGAAUGCAUUACUAUUUGCUUUUUUAUCAUUUAUUAUUGUACUUUAGUUUUGACAUACUGUAUGAGCUGGUCAAGGGAUGGAUUUGCUGGGCAUAUGUUUAGUGUAUAGGAAUGAUUUUAUAUCAUAUAUACAAAAUGGUUGCUGCACUCCUUUUGCUUUGUUAAAAUGUAUAAAAUAUGGUAUAUAUUUAGGAGAGAUGAAAUUAUUUUUGUAUGUGAGCAAAGUCAGAGCACGAACUUUUUCCAUUCAUAUUGACAUAGAGUAGUGCUUUUAUGUAGUGAUAGAUUUUCCAGAAUUCUCUUUCAAGGGAUAAUUUCGUUUUUGAGGUCAACUAUACUUGUGUAAAUUUUUAUUUAUAAUUUCUCAGGCUGAUAGAUUAUUUAGAAAGUGAAACCUUUGAAUUAGCCUGUCAGAAAUAGUAUAGGAAAUAUAAUCAACUCUUGCAGCAUAAUUUUUCUGCAAUUGUGUAAUGGAAAAAGAGGCAAGGCUCUCCCACAGGUUCUAGGAUUAUAACGCAAAUCAGCCCACCCAGAAGAUUUGUUCUUAGAUACAAAAUACAAAUUGGGUUUAGGAAUAAGGUACAUAAAUUUUUAUAAGGAAGUUUGACAGUUCAGUUAGAUGGGAUCACAGGUGACAAAUGAAAAGAAUAAGGUAGUGUGCAGAUGCUGCUGAUGGGGUGCUGUAGAACACUAGUAUGUACUGACUGCCAGUAUCUGGUAUGGGGAGCAGUGGUUAGAAAGUGCAUGAUGAUUUUAUCUCAUGAAAUACUCAAUUAUAUAUAGAUGGCUUAUGAAUUUUAAAUGAGUCAGGCACAAAUAUUCUCAAUUUUAUAAACCCAUAGUACUUCAAUGUUUUCUUAGGAUCCUGUAGUGGGUUUGUUAACUCAGCUGAUAUUAGAUUUUUAUAUUUCCUUUCCUCUUUCUAUUGACACACGCACAUAAAUGUGUAGUUCGAUAAAAACCCUGUGGGACAUAUGGGUUGAUUGGUUUUUUUGAUAAAAUAUUAGUAAAUGCCCUCUUUCGGAGGAAGAGUGCCAUUUUAUAGUAUAUUUUAUGUUCUUUUUUGGGGUUAGAGAGAAAUUGUUUGCACCAGGUCAUCAUUAGCAGGCUGUUUGUGUAAUCUUAUGUACUAGAGCAUCACCAGUCUACAUAUAGCAAAGUUUUUGGAUUUGAUGGUUGGUAGGUAAUUGUUAAAUUAUUAGUAAUGUCAUUUAACAGAAGUGUGUGCCAUGCUGUCUACUUGGUAUACGUUUUGUUUGUUUUUAGGACAGACAGAAAAUGUUUGCACCAACGAUGAAGUCAACAUUCAGUAGGCUGUAUAGCAUUAUGAACUAGAGCAUUGCUAAGUUUUGUAUACUCUUCUACAACUUAGUUUUAGUUCUUUGUCAUUCUUUCUAAAGUAAGUUUGGAUUUGUCUUUUUUUUUCCUUGGUAAGUCCCAUAUAGUCAUGUAUAAUUCUUAUCAGUGUUGAACAAGUGUUCCUGAACAGCAUAAGUUUCUAGCCAAAGUAGCCAACUUUAUGAAUUAGUUGGGCUGUUGCUUAAAACUGCAUUUUUAAUACAUGAUGUUUUGAGGACCUUAUCUCAUUGUAAGGUGUUUUGUUAUUUUAAAAAAUUAAUAGCAGAGUAUCGUAACCAAGUUCCCAGUGAAGAAUGAACACAACAAACAUGACUGUUCUUGGAUUAGAAUUGUACCUUGUUCAUGUGAAGAAUGAAAGGGAGGACUAAUGAAAAUUAGUACCGUGGGUCUCUUUAAAGGAAUUGUCACUUACAGUUUUCAUUUACAAUUAGGAUGUUGCACUCUUUUUGUUAUUUGUUUUUAUACAACUUAAAUUGUAAGCCAAUCAUAUGAAGCAAAGAUUCCUCAGAUUUGAGUAAUCCAAAUCCUUCCCACAUUUAACACUUCAGGAUUAUCCAAAGUUGACUGGAAAACCCAUAAAAUUUAAGACAUUUCCAAGAACUCAUAACAGAUGUCCUUGCUUAGAAAACCUACUUCGUAAGUUGAAAACAAAUAGCCAGUUAGUGGAGUUGUUUUCUUCAGCAACCCAUACUGAUACCAAUAACCAGUGCCUCGUUGGCGUGCCACAAGUUCGAUUCUCGGGCAGUUUAAUUGAGGAGUGAGAGAUGUGUAUUUCUGGUGAUAGAAAUUCACUCUCGACGUGGUUCAGAAGUCACACAAAGCCAUUGGUCCCGUUGUUGAAUAACCAUUGGUUCCAUGCAACGUAAAAACACCAUACAAACAAACAAGAUACCAAUAACCAGGUGACUUCACUUUAGAGAAUUCUUGCUGCCUCAGUUGGUAAAAACAUAGUUUAUUUUUAAGGGUUUUACUAUAUGAUGAAAUUGUAAGGGUAAUUAUUUCAUUUAUUCAUUUUACCAUUUAUAUUUUGAUAAGCUGAGCUUGUCGAGAAAGUGCAUACAGACUUCAAAUUAGCCUUAUUUUAUAGUGUAUUUUGUUGGUCAUUAUUUUUCCAUUACAUGUAUGAAGUGACAAGGCUUUCUUCAGAUAUAAUUUAAUACAAAUAUGUGUUCAGUUAAAUUGUUGAUCAUUCCUUCUUCAUGCACCCUAUUUUUCUUACUUUGAUUGCUGCUGGGCCAAAAGUUAAAGUACAUAAUACAGAAAGCUUAUCAUGUUAUAAGGGGGUUGAAAAUGUUGCAAGAGUUGGAUUAUGUUGUCAAGUUUAAAGUCGUUUUUGUAAUUAGAGUAUUUUCUUAUAAAAAACAGCAUUUAGGUAUACUGUAAUAUUUUUUGCAGUUUCCGGUUUAGAUCUUCCUUGGUUUCUGGAAUGUGCCAACUUGCAGAAAAAAUAGACUAACAUGUUUUUUUUACAUGGAAAAGACAAUUGUAUUAGUAUUUCAGGAUAUACUUAAAUGAUAUUUCAGUUGUUAUAGUACAUUCAUGCAUUGCAUGAUAAACAGCAUGGAAGUAGUAUAAGAUUUAAGGUUUCAUUUUAAAAUUUUAUUUAUAUGUGUAUUUAUUAAAUGGUACUACAUACGUAUUGUGGACACAGGUCAUAUUAUAGAUACGUAUAUAUCGUAAAUAUAUCCAGUAUAAUGUAUACAGUACAGUACUGUAAUUCUUUUUGUGGGAUAAUAGCCACUAAAGAAGGUAACGUUUACAUUCCAUUGAUUGAAUCUAGUCAGGCGAUACUGAAGUAUAGAUUAAUUUUGUGAAUAUUGCAAAGAAUGUGAAGUGUUGAAUAACAUUGAAAUUGUUGUAGGUGUAUUAUAGAUAUAGCUUACCUGAGUAACUUAUUGCAUGAGGAUUUCCCGAUUAUUUUUCUUUCCCCAUAGUCAAUUGUUUUACUUUUUUAUAUUUUUAAUAUUCUCUCUCUCUAAAUCCAGCCACAGAUUAUUUGUACUUGCGAGUAUUACCCUAUCCAGGUAUUAAUUUCUGUACUGCAUUUGUUACAUGAUAUCUCUGAUAUUAAUUGUGAUGUAGUUUCAUAGGUUAUUCUGUUUGCAGUAUGAUAUGUUGUUCAGUUGUGUACAUGAUUUGAAUUUAUACUGUUUUCAUAUGAGCUGUUAGAACUUUUAACUCAUUGUAAUUAAAUGGAAAAAUACUGUUUAUGUAUAGUGAAUGAAUACACCUAGUUAUAUA